UAUAUAUUAUCUAUGGUAGUAUCAACUUAACAAACGGAGAGAAUUGGCGCUUUUGAAAAAGGAGCUUAUUUUGUACCGUUAGAAAUUCACAUAAAUGCAAAUAAUCUUAUAAAUGCGUUUCAUAAGUCUUACAAUUAUCGCCCAACUCAUUUAAACGAUUAGAGAUAGAUGUUAUGCGGUGAAGUGACAAUUCAUAAGAUAACGUGCCAACACACAGAAUUUAAGCUGAGAAAGUCGCCACUACUUUUCAGUCUUUCAUUAAAUAACAAUAUUCACGAAUAAUGAUACGAAAUGUAUUUCAAAACGGUCAAAAGAUCUUUUGGAUCGGAUGUACAUGCAUUGGCACAUACAUCGCAUAUCGAUAUUGGAAAAAACGAGAACUUUUGGCAAUAGACGAAGGUUUUGAAGAAGUGUCUAAGAUUGAUGAUAGUCAUGAAAAACGAGUGCUUCUAUUAGGUUUAUCCAGUGCUGGAAAAACAUCAAUUAUAAACCAAAUAUGUGUGGCAAACGGUGAUGAAACUUCAUAUAUUGCACCUCCAAAACCCACAGAAGGUUCUUCUGUAUAUAGAAUAAAAAAUGGGGUUCUAUUUUAUAAUGUUUGGGAUAUUGGAGGUUCAGAUGCCACUAGAAAAUAUUGGACUGCUUUUUUGCAAGACACAGAUUUGUUAUUGUUUGUAGUAGAUUCAUCUGACAAAAGCAAAUUAUCUUCCGCUGCUUCUAUUUUGAAACAGUUAUUAAGUGAUACAAGAAUGGAUGAUGUACCAAUUUUAGUAGUUGCUAAUAAGCAGGAUGAAAUCUAUGCUCUAAAGCCAGAAGAAGUAAAGAAAGCUUUAGAUUUAUUAAGUAUUUCACCUCAUAAGCAUAAAGUAGAAAUAAUUGGAUGCCAAACAAGACCUUUUCCUAAAAUUUCAGAAACAAAUGAAUAUACUUGGUAUCAUGCAUCUGUUGAUUCUGUUAGAAAAAAAAUGUUUUAUAUGGCAAAAGAUAGUGUAUCUGCUCCUCUUUUUUGUUAAAGAAUACUUUAUAAAUGAAAGGAAAGAAAAGAAUAGAAGAAUAAGAAGUAAAUAAGAAAAUGACAAUAUGCCUAAUUCAGCAUAUUGUGUACAAUUUUUCAAUGGAUUAAAAUGAUUACAGUUUGUGCACAAAAUGAAUCUUUUUAAAACAAAUAAUUCAAGCUUUAAAAAAAGAAAUAUAAAUAAAAAUAUACAAUUUUUAAGGUUUUUUCAGUAUAAUAAUAUUUGCAAUCAUUUAAUUUUUUAUGAAGUCUCUUUUCAGCACAUACACAUAUAUUUAUUUAAUAAAUUAUUUAUUUACUUUAUCAAAUCACAGUAAAAGUCUUUCAUUUUUUUUUAUGUAAAUUAUGCAUAAAUCAAACUACAUUAGUUUUUGUAAUUGAUACGUAAAAUAAAGAUUUAGAGAUUGCAUUUAA